AUGGAUUUCAAGAAGGCCACAACGAUCUCGUUGUUUUUCGUCUUUUUGAGCAUCAUGGGGUUUUCAACCAAAGGGGACACCUUGCAAGGGCCUGGGACCAUGUACAAGACCAGCUUUYGUAAAGUUAAAGUUAGUAAACUCCAUUUGAAGACGUACUUUACUUGCUGUCCUGGCUGGAAAUUACACAAAGAAAGUAGCCAGUGUAAUAUUGAUGUUAAUGAAUGUGCAAUUAAAAAUGGUGGGUGCUCACAUAUUUGCAUCAACACAUAUGGAAGCUACAAAUGCAUUUGCAAAGACGGAUAUAUCAGUAAAGGAAAGAGUUGCGAAGUCUGCUUGGCGUGUAGUAAGAAAUGGAAAGAUAUGGAAGAAAGGUUUCUUCGACUUGAGAAGGAAGUCUUAACUUUAAGAAAACGUUUGACGUCAAAUGGAGGGAUAGAAAUGUUAAUACACAAUAUGCAGCACAAGGAAAUGCGUCGGGGAUUACCUGGACCGAAAGGCGACAAAGGCGAAAAAGGAUCAGAGGGGCCACCGGCAUUCCUUGGCGUUGCUAGGCGUUCCAUGCGCUCAUCGCCGGCCUUUCUCUAA